AUUCACAAUGGCAGCGGCCUCUGCGUUAUUCGUGGAAUCAACCCGGAGGACUACUCCGUUGAAGACUUGACCAUUGUAUGGCUAGGUAUUCAAGCAUACAUCGCUGACCAGCGAGGAUGCCAAGACCACCGAGGCAACAUGCUUGUCCACAUCGUGGCAGACAACUCUUCUCAGCUGAAGUUAGGCCACCACCGCCAUUCGACUUCUGCUAUUUCCUUCCACAACGAGGAGGCGGGCGACGUGGUUGCUUGGUUGACUCGUAGCACUGCAGCAGCCGGAGGCAAGUGCAUCGUUGCGUCGGCUUAUACCAUCUACAAUAUCCUGGCGGCCCAUCGUCCCGACAUCAUUCGCACCCUUGCGAAGUCGGAUUGGCCAUUUGCUUUUCCGCGCUUCCAAUGUCGACCCAUAUUAUUCCACCACAACUCGAGGCUGGUGAUGAAUUUUGGUCGUACGCCCCUAUUGGGAAAUGCCAUCCACCCACGCCCAGAGAACCUCCCAAACUGGCGACAUGCAUUUCAUCAACAACCUUGCCGUUCUCCACAGACGCGAAGGAUUCGUCGAUGGCGACUCUCCUCAGCGUAAGCGGCACUUGGUUCGCAUGAGACUACGCAGCUCACAGCAAGGAUGGGACAUACCCGACGAACUGAAGCGGGAAUGGCAUGAUGCAUUCGACGCGGACACCUACCAGACGUGGCACCUGGAACCGAUGCCUGGCGACGUGUUCCCCCUUCGUAAGUACACUAACUAAAUCAUAUGGCCCACGAUACCUUAGGUACCUAGUAGGGCGGGUACUUAUGCACUGCAUCUCACGGGGAACGGUUGGGAUUGGGAAAA